AUGGCUCGGAGCGCUGCGUCAAGUAGGCGACACUUUGCGAAGCUGGCUGCGACGGUUGCAUUCUCGCUGUCUUUCCUGCCGGCCCUCACCCGAGCUGCUCAGAUAUCCUCACUGAAGGUCACCUGUACCGGCUCUGCCGACAACGGUCCCUGCAACUUCGAUAGCACCCCAGGUCAAGUGAGCGUUAGCCAGGACCUUCUCCUGUCGUGGACCGUCGACAACUCCACCGCUCCUAGCGCCGCCCCUGGCACCCCAGAAACCUUUGACCUCUUCAUCCUCCCUGGAAAUCGAUCGAUAUGGGAGUCCCAACAUCAAAUCAGUCCGCCGGACAACUCAUACCUAGCUCGCAAUGUUGCCGUUCCCGCCCUCCAGCAAGCCUUCCGGAUACCUUCAAAUCUUACCGCUUUAUCCUCAUACGUGCUGGCAACAUGGCAAUCUGACUAUAAUUCCUCAUAUCUGGGUGCGACUUUCACAAUCGCUGCCGCUCCUAGCAAUGGCACAGACAUCCAGGCUCCUCCGAAAUCUAAAGGCGGCUCCUAUAUUGCCCUUAUCAUGGGGUUGUGUGCGGUGUUCGGCUUGAUCUUCCUCUUGACCGGAUUCUUCACCUGGCGGUGGAUUGUGAGAAAUCGCCCAGGUUACAAGGAGAGGAAGAUGCAGCGAAAACACGGCAUCAGUGUCAUCGCCUACCGAAUCCGACGCUUUUACGAGAACGUGGACCAGAAGCUGCACUCGUUGACCAGAGGUCACAGCCGGUCAAACUCGGCAGCGUCUACGCACAACAAUGCCGCCCACGACGACCCGAACAAGUCGCAUGUCGAUCUGGAUGUGGAGUCCCUCCGCGUCGCAAAAGACGACAUCCGCAUGUCCCCUCAAAUAUCCCAUCCUGCACUCCAAGUUAGAUCACAAAGCCCUCCACCACCGUCUCCCACCCACUCAAUCUCCCCAUCUGCGCGAGCAAGCCACGAAGAUCUCGAGGACCCACACCCGCUACCCCUCGGCACCAAGCCUGUGAGGCCGGCAGCCCCUUGCUUCCGCCCAUCGGAAGACCGGACAAUCCUUCCGCCAAGAUUAUGCAAGACAUAUGUCUGGCAAUCGCAGGACCCUCCUAGUCCGCGCGACAAGGAAUCGAUCCACCGUGUAUCUGGAGCUGAUUUUUACGAAGACUUCGAAGACGAUCGUGCCUUGUUGACGAAUGCCAAGUCGAUGGCGUGCAUGAAGGAUAGGGGUUGGGAUGAUCAUGGGAAGGAAUGA